UAGUUCAAGCCACAUGGCUUAAAUUAACCAACCAGGAGCUGCUUGUGGAUAAAGUGUCCUCAAAGAAUGACUCAGAAGCCUGCUCGGACGUAGGGAGGGUGAAAGCUUGCAGAAUGAACCGGGUUGCUGCACUGGGGUGGCCCAGGGUGUUCGCUGUCCGCGGCAUUCUUGGUCUGACUGCGACUUUGCUUGCGCCCAGACUCAGCGCCUGUGUGGAGAAAGGCUACUGUUCAUCAAACGUUGAUAAUAGUGAAGUGCUCAAAGCAAAGUUGGCUGAUGAAGCAAGGAAGAAAUAUGGAAACCAACCGCCUACGUUAUUCUCAAAAAUUAUUGAUAGAUCAAUUUCUGCUGACAUUAUUUACGAAGAUGAUCAGUGCCUGUCUUUCAGAGACAUAAAUCCUCAGGGUCCAGUUCACUUUCUCGUGAUACCCAAAGUGCCGAUACCACGAAUUAGUGCCACGGCAGAUGAUGACAAGGAGCUGCUGGGACAUUUGUUGAUAGUGGCUAAAAAUCUUGCGAAGAAAGAAGGGCUCACAGAUGGCUACAGAGUGGUGAUUAACGAUGGGAAGAAUGGAGCACAGUCUGUGUACCAUUUACACAUCCAUGUGAUUGGAGGUCGUCAGAUGGGCUGGCCUCCUGGUUAGAAGAAUGUGCGACAGAACUGGUCUCCUGUCACUGCGAUCUGAGUUAGUCCUUCAAUCUCUUAAAUAUUUUAUUGGAUUCACUUCUUAUGCAAAUAAGUAUCUGAGCAGAUUAAAAGACACUCUUUACAAAAUAAUACUGAAAUUGAUUUUAAAAAUGUUGUUCUCAUAUGUUUUAUCACUUUGUAACAGCAAUCCUGUUGCUAUUGUGACAGGGUCUUGAAUUACCGCUGUGAACUGUACUCGUUUACCCCUAUUAGCUGCUUUUGAAAAGAGAGAGAGAGAGAAUUAUUUAACAUCGAUAUCUUGUUUUGAAGAGAGAGAGAGAGAGAGAGAGAGAUGAAGACUAACUGUUGGACUGUCACUUUAAGGCACUGGAAGUAACUUUUGGAUUUCUGCUGAGUUGGAGAGAGAGAUGGCACCGAGCAGCUCAUAAGUUGCUAUGGUAACCGAGGGUGGUUAUUUAAUGGACAAUCAAUGUUAUGAUUUUUUCGGCAGCGUGUUGAUACUUCCCAAGGACGUGGCAUGCUAGUGUAUUUCUUACACAGAGAAGGGACGGAGGAGUUAUUUGAAUGACAGCUGGUAUCCAGUACGAUGAGAUAAAUAGGAGGUCAGAUGAUAUAGACAUCAGACACAUGUUUCAGACACUGAAUGAGCUUUGUUGUGCCUGCAGAGAAAGUGAGUUUUUGGAGGAUCUUGCAGUGGAAAGGAAAGGGGUUGACUGGUGGGGAUUUGUCCACGUGUCCACCCUCGCCUGGGUGAUAGCUCCACCACAGAAAACUGGUCCCCUUUGUUGUGGUCACAGUUGGUGACUUUUUAAAGGAUUUCGGAGGACAACGAAAAGAUCAAUGGCGUCAGCUCACCUGAAGACUCAAAUCUCUCCCCCUCUCUCUCUUUCUCUCUCCAUCACUAUUCAAUACCCUGAACUGAACUGAACUUUACUCAUCAUCGUAAGACUGUAUCUUUUUACCCCUAGACUUAAAGAAGCUGGGUUUUUCAUACAUAUGUUUCCACACUUACUGAUAUACUUACUUAUAUAUAUAGUCAUUGCUAACUUGUUUGAUUUAUCUACAUUUAUAUUACUGUAUUGAGUAGUUACUAAUAAAUAUUAUUAGUUUAUAGCAA